AUGCUCUCGACAAGCGAUCCUACCUCUUCCGCUGAGGGUGCUGAGCCAGGGGAGCUUGGCAACAGGAGUGCCACGAUCGUCCGGGACGUUAUGUGUGCGGUGGCGCCUGGUCAAGCAGCGCGAGGCUGUGGAACUGCUCAACGGGAUCAGAAUGCGUCACAAGAUAUGGUCCAUCAAGUACGGCAAUUGAGUACAGGGAAGUUAGCUCCCAUGAGUCUGAAGGUGAUUAUGGUGGACUAUGGUGACGGAGGAUGUGGUUUGAAAGCAGUGAAGUGGUACUCUGUUCAGCCGUGUAUGCCAUUCGCAGGCAUUUGCGUUACACCUAUAGGUAAGCUAACGCUGGUGUUAAAAUUCAACUGGUCGCGUUUACGAUCGGGUAAAGUUUGUGUUAGUUGCUUCAGCUAA